AAAAGCGUGUAUAUUUACAAUAUUUUACACAACAGAUACCCUUUUAUUCCUCCCGGAUUUUGUCAUAUUAUUUUUUCUCGAAUUCGGAUCUGAUAGUCGCAUAGUAGUGGCAAUGCUUUUCAGCGAAUUUCCUUGAGCGAUUGAAAAAAGUCAAUCUACGUUUCUAUACAUUUUGAUCGUCGAAUUACGCAACUAUCAUGGUAAGAAUUCGUUCAUUUGCGAAGGGAUUGCCUCGCCCUCAAAUACUGCUGUUACUACUGCUCCAAAUAGUAGCGGAGUCCCCAAAGGUGGAUGCCAUAGGGGAUUUACCCGUCAGCAAUAUUCCAAUCUACAGCGAUGGGAUCUAUUUCGAGAAAUUGAAGCCGGUAAAGAUUCAGAUCAGCACUUGGACGCUUCAAGCGGACUACGAGCUGAAGGAGUUUGUGGACGAGAUUACACUCGCAAACGCUAGUGUCGAUAAACUGAUACAGGCCUGCCGGGAGCUGAAAAGCAAGUUUUCCGGUAGCUGUGAGAGUAUCGGGAAUAUUGUGGAUCUGACACGAGAGCUAAACGAUUUUAAGAGUUUACUGGAAAGUUUUUGCAAGGGAAACGGACGUCAAAAGAGGGGUAUUUUGAGAUCCUGGUUUGGACUGAUGGAUGACGAUGAUAGAGAUGAAAUAGAUGGGAAUUUUAAAAAGAUUGACGAGCAAAUCGAUACGCAGACAUCGACGGUCGAACAUUUCUUCAACAGUACAAAUGAAGCGAUUGCAGCGCUCAGCGGUAACAUGUUCAAGCUGGAUCCAAAGAAACCAGGCACCAUCGAUUACACUCGUGAAGGUCAGUUACUGAUAAUGGAUAUCUUGUUGAACAAGAUACUCAGGAAAAAGGAGCUGUUUAUGAAGCUUCUCCAGUCGUCCAGCACGAUGUCUCUUAGCGAUGACAUUGUUAGUCCCAAUCGCUUGUUGAAAGAGCUUGAAAAAUUGCAAAAGAUUCUUCCCGUGGGUUUUACCUUUCCGGUAUCAUUGGAUCUACGAGGGGUAAUAAAAAUGUAUCCAUUGUCGAAAGUAGUGGCACUUGUUGACGACUGCAAAAUGAAGGUCAACAUUUUACUACCGCUAUGUGAAACUAUUGAAUAUACUACACUAAAAGGAACCAGUGUUCCGACAAUGGAGGCCGGUAUUCUGAAGAUGUUUCCUCUUGGAAAUGAUGUGUUAGUUUAUAACGAUGGGCGCAACCUGGGGAUGGUGAUGAAUUAUGCUGAGUACAAAAGCUGUAAUCACUUGAACGAUAUUGCGCUCUGUAACACACAUCAUUUGAUAAAAAAUCUCUCCUCGGCGGAAGAUUGCAUCGUGGCAACGUUUUUUAAUAGAACUAAUUUUGAUUCGGAUUGCCGUGUUAGUCGUCUACAGCUCAGACAUCAGAUUUGGAUCCAGUUGGCUGAUCCAAAUCGUUGGGUCUAUGCGGUACCAAACAGGACCAUGAUUGAGGUUAACUAUGGUUUAACGACUAAAAGAUUUGUCGAAAUAGGAGGAGUUGGAAUGCUCAAGUUGAUUCGAAUGUGUCACGUGAGAUCACAGGACGUAAUACUUCAAUACGUACCACAAUUGGGUGGUACUGUUGAGCCGCACACUUUUGGCUUCCAGUUACCGGCUGUGGUAACCCGGGAUCAGUCGCGCAUCAUUUCCGCUAGUGACAACAAUAAGGUGAUCCUUGCUGGCAAAAACACCGAGAGUGCAGUUCUCGAGCGAACGCACGUCGCUGGAAUACAUUACGAGCAGCCAGCAUUUUCCCCAUGGGCUAUCGUGGGUAUUGUGUGUGGUGUUUUCAUCGUUACCUUCAUCACGGUGAAAGUUUAUCUAAAAAUGGUAAACGAAAAGCAGCGCCAGCAGCUGCUGAUGGCACGUCUUCAACAGCAAGAAUUGGGUGGACAGGAUGGAGCUGAUCUAAAUAACAGUUUCCAGUCUACCGGUUCGCCGAAUACCUCUCAGCAAGCUUUCCUGCAGGCAACCGCUCCGUCGCAUGCGCUUGUUACAUGAAACUGUGCACAAAACUGGGAUCGCCGUUUUCGGAAAUCGGCUCUUACACGAACAAUACUAUACUGAGGGAAUUUCCAUCAAGACCUCGAUCCCAUUUGAAUUCAAAUCGUUAAUCCAGUUUUUGCAUCAAAAAUACUCCCUGAAGAAUGGAAUAAUUGUAAAUCGUCCAAUGUAGAUACAUUCUUGGGCACUGUUCAACUGAUCGUUCAACAGAUGUCCAUUAUUGGACCAGUGCUAGACGAUUUGUAGACAGUUUUUGGGUUUCUCAGCGAGUAUUAUCAAUAUUCGUUGUAGUUACAUUAGUGUUGUCUCGUGUGAGGGCCGCUAUUCUGAAAAGAAAAGUAUCGUUUCGGUAUGAUGUUCCGAGAACGGCUUUUGCUAUACAGUAGUCGUGUUUGACGUGGCUGUAAAGACGAGUGCCUUACUGCCAUAUUCUCGGUUGCUAACAUUUUUCGAUUGUUUUUCGAUUUAUAGGCUGUGUCAUAACUUUUCAAAUUGUCAUCACGCUUGCACGCUACCUUUACUUAUUCUAAUGGCGUUGUAAGUGGAUAAGGAAUUGUAUAUAGGACUGCAAAUUCCUACAAUAAAUAGCUUUAAGUAUUUUUACUAUACGAACAAACGAUUUAUAUUAAAUACACCUAUUUGCAAAUUA